AUGAUCAGUUCAAAUCUACCAGUUGGUGCUUUGGUUGUUAGUAAAUUGCCUAAUUAUGAAGUAGUAUCAUUCGCCGAUCAUGAUGCUGAUGAUCAAGCUCAUAAACAAUCAUUGAAAUGGAAUUCAAAUAAACUCUUUCAACGGAAUCAAUUCAAUGCAUUGGGUUUAUUCAUGAAAAUUGACAAUGUUCACAAUACAUGGAAGAGAUUGAAUGUA